AUGUGUGAGUAAUGGGAGGGGCGAAGACUUCAUAUAAAUAGACAUUGCUGACAAACUGAAAAACACUACCGCCCAGUGACAACCAUACAAAGAGUUUGAAAUGGCAAACUGAGAAACAUAGAUUUCUACAGAAAAAGAGCGAGAGGAAAUGAAACAGGAAGUUAGCAUAAUGGAGGAUGUUAGGAUACAAGACCAUAUGGCACCUACUGAAGUUUUCAGGCUGAAGAUCAAAAACGAAUGCAUUCGAGUGGCCCUGGCAGAGACCCUCUGCACGUUCAUCAUGAUGGUGUUUGGCCUUGGCACUGUUGCACAAGUGGUCACAGGAAAUGGUGUUUUUGGAGAGUAUUUCAGCAUAAAUGUAGGUUUUGGGCUGAGUGUGGCUAUGGGUGUGCAUGUUGGUGGAAAAGUGUCAGGAGCUCAUAUGAAUGCAGCUGUUUCAUUCACAAUGUGCGUGUUUGGCCGUUUGCGCUGGAAGAUGUUCCCACUGUAUGUUUUUGCCCAGUUUCUGGGUUCCUUCCUUGCUGCUGGGACCAUUUUUUUACUUUAUUAUGAUGCUAUACAUCAUUACUGUGGGGGCAAUUUCACCGUGUCGGGCCCCAAAGCAACAGCUGGGAUCUUCGCUACAUAUCCAGCACCUUACAUCUCAAUCUACACUGGAUUCUUUGAUCAGGUUCUGGGCACUGCCAUGCUGUUGCUGUGUCUGAUGGCUCUGGCAGACCAGAGAAACCAGCCGGUCAUGUCUGGAGGUGAGCCUGUGGGUGUGGGGCUCCUGGUGCUCCUCAUUGGUGUCUCUCUGGGGAGCAACAGCGGCUAUGCCAUCAAUCCAACACGAGAUCUGGGGCCGAGAGUUUUCACACUGAUGGCAGGUUGGGGCAUGGAGGUUUUCAGGGCCGGCAAUGGCUGGUGGUGGGUACCUUUGGUGGCCCCCUUUAUUGGUGGAGUGACUGGGGCUUUAAUCUACGAAGCAUUUGUAGAGCUACACCACCCUGAUCUUAAGAGGACUAAGACACAGUCUGCAGAAGAUCCUGAAUGUGUUCCUCUGGAAAAGUGCAAGAAUGGCAGUACAGAGAUGUCUGUCUGAGAGUUUCACCCGCAGACCUGCUAAAUUUAAGGACCAAGGAUAGUACAGGGACCAAAGAAGAAAACUGACAUUUCCACUGGGGACACCUGGAAGUUUACAGGCAUAACAUGAGACAUGGAUGCCAGUCGAAAAGCCUAUGGGUUGCAUUUCUCAAGCCAACUAUCUCAGUCUAGUGUGACUUCUGGGUUAUAUAUGUAGGAAUAAGCUAUCAUGACACAGGAUUGUUCCAUCUUUGAUCUUUAAUAAAUAUUGUGUACAUAUACAGACUCAUGGACAUCAACAGAUAUAAUUAAGCAGCUUGUGUGAGGUUAAAUGCCCAGCAUGAGCUUAAAGUACAAUCAACAUGGCUAUAUGAGAACAUUCCAUGGGCAUUUCCUGGGACACUGGGGUCAUCGUUUAGUCACACUGUGUUUCCCUGAGACUCCCUGAGCUUUUGCUGUGCUCCCGCCGCUCACUGGGACCUGUGCUGCUUGCUUCUUCUUGGGAGUGGGUGGCUUGGCCUUGCCACGAAACGCUAUGGCUGGGUCCAGUUUGUUCAGUAGAGGUUCACCGGCCGUAUCAGAAUGAGAGUCACCAUGGAACGUCAGGGGUUGGUAGAGGGCGGCCCAUUGCUGCAUCAAGGAAAUCAAAGGAGAAUUUCAAAAAAAUAUACAUCUACGUUAAUUUAAUUUGUUCUGGCUGUAAAAAAGCAAAUAAAAAUCCAAAUUUUGUAUCAACA